AAGGAGAUCCUCUCAACAGUACGGAGCGCUGGACGAGCACGGAGUGACGGAGAAACCAAAACAAGAUGACAUUUGGAAAUUGUUUUUCAACCUUCAAAGAAAAUGUCAUCUCGAUGGCCGACUCUACGGUCACAGUGGAGGACAUCGAAGGGGAGUUGUUCAAGAUUGAACGGAUACGCGAGAUCCUCGUACGAAGAGAAUCAGAGCUAAGAUACAUGAUGGAUGACAUCCAGCUCUGUAAAGAAAUUACAAGGCUGAAACAGGAGCUGCAGAAACUCGUCACAACUCCAGAUAAAGACAAGUCCGCAGAAGACGGAGAGAAGGAAGAGGAACUGUUGAAGCAGAUAAACAAGCUGGUGGAGACCAGAGACUUCCUGGUGGACGAUGUGGAGUUUGAACGGCUCAGGGAAAGAGAGGAAGACAAGGAGAUGGCAGCUUUUCUGGAGUCCAAAUUUCCUAGUUCUUUGGCCGAAAAAGGUGCUCUGCGAGAUCGAAGGGUUGCGUCACAAUCCCAGCAGACGUCCAGUCCGUUUCUCACUAAAGCCGGACUGACAUUGCUGAAAGAUUGCUGCGGCUUCACCUGCUCCGUCAUGUGAAGGAGUAAAAUACUGCAUGUGUGUAUGCGUGCGUAUGUGUGUGUGUGUGUGUGGAAACACAAACGGGACUCCUCAGUGUUUUUACGUAGCCGUUCUGUGGGUUUCCUUUAAUGACAAAUGAUUCUUUAAGUGUUCAACCUCUUGAGCAUUUACCGCAUCGCUGCCACACUGGAGUUUCAUGGACAGAAAAACAAAACGUCAAACAUGAUUGCGAGAUGUGGCGUUUGAAUGUCUGUACACCUAAAAUGUGAAAAGUGCGGUGUGCGUUUGUUUUCAGCAACUUUUUCCUGCAACUGGAGUUGACAAACUAGCACAAGUUCAGUCAAACUGGAUGGAAAUUGGACCAGAUUUCACAAAGUGCUCACAGGGGGCAGUAGCCCAGGGCAUCAUUUUUGUGGGAAAUUCUGGGGCGUCAAAGACUUUUCUUUUUUUUUUAUCAAUGUGUAUUUUGCAAACGUUUUACUUUAUAUAAAACUCUUAGACCCACAUCAGGUGAGUUGUAUUAAUAUUUUGGGGAUUUUUAGGAAAAUAAACACUAAUUAUUUAAAAAGUAAAGUUUAAUUGUGUAGCACAUUUCAGCAACCAGUUGUGAAACAUGCAAUACAUUGACAAAAUGUAGCGAUUAAUGUUACAUUUUGUCAAAUCCCAUCAUCAAAAUCACCAAGCAAAUACAAAAUAUGUUGUUAUGAAACUAAGACAACUGGGGGUACACUUUCCAAUCUACAUGUUGCUUUCAUCUGACCAGAGCGUUGGCUGGUAAUUACCUAAAUAAAUGUCUACAGCAUGAAAUUCAAUAAAUUCAGUGGUUGUAACCUCACACAAUGUGGAAAAAGUUGAAGGGUUUGUUUUAUAAUACAUUUGAAAAUGACUGUA